AUGCGGACGCUGAGAUGGGCCCUGUUCCUGCCCGUGUGCCUGUCGUGUGGCUGCGCCUUCAUGUUUUCCUCCCUGAGGGAGCCGGUGAAAGAGCCCCAGGGGAAGGUGCCUUGCGGGGGGCACUUCCGGAUUAGGCAGAGCCUCCCGGAGCACGCCCAAAGCUGGCUGGUCAGCAAAUGGCUCUGGUUCCUUUUUGUGGUCAUGCUGUACAUGGUUCUAAAGUUUCGAGGAGAGAGUGCGAAGAGUAAGGAAAAGAGUCCUCCUGGCCUUCGAGGCUCUUCGGUUCGUGCUCCACUGAAGAAAAACCAGUGUGUUUCCCCCAGCAAAGAGUACGCCUUCAACACCUUAAGCCAACUCGAGAUGGACCUCGUGCAGUUCGUGUCCAAGGUGCGGGAUCUGAAAGUCGCCGUGGCAGCUGGCAGCAACCACAAGGCGCAGGCCGUUGAGGUGCCUUCAGACCCGCAGAACAAUGUUACAAUAUAUGAAAUAUGGGGCGACGAAGAGUGUGAAUAA